CGGUGAUAGGCGGAGGGGCACAUCUGUCACCUGUGAGUCUUUAAGGACAGGACUGUAGCGAGGGCGCCUAUCAUCAUCAUCAUCAUCAUCGCUUUCGCUAAAACUCGUGUCUUUUAAUUAGGAGGAGGAGAAGAAUGUAAUUCCUCAAAUCCUGUCCAACGCGUUAGCUCACGUUCCUGCGCCUUUGUCCCGUAGACGGAAACCAAGUAACCUGAGGCAGCAGGCUACUAUCGCUCUCGUACAAACACAAUAACUCCCAAUCUCCUGAGCUCCAGCUCUUCCAUACUUCAGCCCGUCUAGAGACUGAAGGCUGGGACCAGCUCCAGCCCGCUGAGCGCUUCUUCCAAGAUGGAACGGCUGCACGCGUCCGAGAGCCCCCCGGAGAGGAGCAACCACACGGCGUUCAUAGACGACAACAUCCUCUACGUGUGGGGAGGCUACCAGGUGGCAGCAGGGGUAGACUUGAUCCUGCCUUCUGGAGAGAUCUGGGAAUGUGAUCUUGACAGCGGAGAGUGGGUGUGCCGGGCGAUCGGGGGUGACACGCCCUCAGAGUUGUCUGGGCCUUGCGGUUCUUUCCUCGACGGUUCGCUGUACGUCUUCGCUGGCUGCGACCCCAUGGGCUACACCAACCAGUUUUUCAGUGUGGAUUUGACGGAGGAAUGCUAUACCUGGAGGCGGAAAACUGACACCAAUGGAACUACGCCUUCGCCCCGGAACAAACAUUCCUGCUGGGUCCACAAAGACAGGCUGAUUUACUUCGGGGGCUACGGCUGCAAGACCAUCCAGGAGGUGAGGAACACGUCGGCGCAGAGCUUCAUCGUGGAGGAAACGUCCUGGUCGGCGAUCGGGACAACAUAUUUCCGGUGUUGGGGUUGGAACAACGAGGUGAACGUCUUCGACACGCAAACCAACACCUGGAGCAUGCCAGAGACGCAGGGCCCGGCCCCCCCCCCUAGGGGCUGCCAUGCCAGUGCUGUCCUGGGGAACAGAGGCUUUGUCUGUGGAGGGUUGGACUCCAAGGAUAUCGACCUUUACUGUCUGGAUCUGGACACCUGGACCUGGACAUGCUAUGACGUCUACCCAUCGCGUGUGCCCAUUGGUCGCUCCAUGCACACGCUCACGCCCACGUCUGACCACACCCUCCUCCUGUACGGAGGCUUCGGGGCCAACGAAGUGGGCGUCGACAAAUCCAGAGGCCGCAGUGACGCCUGGCAGUUUGACACACUGACGAAGGAGUGGAUGGAGAGAACCGAUCAUCCACACCACGACAAGCCCAGGGUGUGUCACUCUGCGUGUCGUGGCGCGGGCGACCAGGUGGUGGUGUUCGGAGGAAGUAGCAACUUCUGCAUCCAGAUGGAUUCUGUGGCGGUACUCCGGUCUCCACGCCAACAGCACUCCAAGGACAUGUUUGUGUUCCAGAAUCAGCCCUCCUCCCUGAGCAGACUGAGCGAAGACGCCGUGGCGAGGAACCAAACCCUUUUAACGCAGCAGCUGUCAUGGCUGCCGCGCCGGACACUCAAGGAGGUCUGGAAAAGACUGGCCUUCUUUUCCAGCCAGCGGCCAGCGGCCCCAACGAGGCCCCCAGGGCCCCCAUCACAGCAACCAGGGGCCAACACGCGGCAGCUAGAGGCCACAGCUUGAGGAGCUGACGAAUGGGCAAUCUUUUUUUAAUUUUAGUCAUCUUUGUUUUCGUUGUAAUUUGAAUUUUUGUAUGUGAUUUAAUUGUUCAAAAAUAUAUUUUAAUGUUCUUGAUUGUACUGUUAAUAGUCUGUUUUAAAUUAUCUAAUAAACAUUUUUAAAAGCCA